AUGACCGCCAACGUCGCCAUCGUCUACUACUCCACCUACGGCCACACGGCCACGCUAGCGGAGUCGAUCAAGGAGGGUGUCGAGGCUGUACCUGGUGUGACGGCCACGAUCUACCAGAUCGCCGAGGCGCUGUCGGACGAGAUUCUGGCCAAGAUGCACGCGCCGUCCAACAGGGACAACCCGGUUGCCACCCCCGCAACGCUCAAGGAGGCCGACGGCAUCCUCGUCGGCUUCCCCACGCGUUUUGGCGUGUUCCCUCAGCAGGCGAAGGCUCUGAUAGACGCGACCGGCCAGCUGUGGUUUGGCGGUGCGUUGGUGGGCAAGCCCGCCGGCACCUUCUUCAGCACGUCGCUGCUGGGCGCUGGCCAGGAAACGACGGCCCUGUCGGCGGUGACCUUCAUGGUCUCGCAUGGUAUGACGUACGUCCCGCUCGGAUACCGCGCGAAGGAGCUUUUCAACGUGGAGGAGAUCCACGGCGGCUUUCCCUGGGGUGCUGGCGCGAUCGCCGGUCCUCAGAGCGACCGUCAGGUGUCGAAGCUUGAGAAGGACAUCGCGGUGACUCAGGGCAAGUCGUUCGCCGAGGUGGUGAAGAAGAUGUCGGCUUAG